AUGACUAGUCAUAAGAAUGAUGGGCCAAAGCUGCCUGUGCAGCAGCUGGCCAUUCUCGCCAUUGCCAGGUUCGCCGAGCCCCUUGCACUCACCUCAGUCUUCCCCUAUCUUCCAGAGAUGAUCGCCAGCUUUGGGGUAGAGAAGAAUGAGGUUGCAAGAUGGGCAGGUCUUACCGGUGCCAUAUUCUCUAUAAGCCAGAGCUGUACGGCUGUGGCAUGGGGACGGGCGUCAGAUAAAUUUGGAAGGAAACCCAUCAUCCUGAUAGGGUUGCUCAGCACGAUGAUUUGCUUUCUUGUCUGGGGUAUGUCGACAAGCUUGCCCAUGGCCAUCACCGCAAGAGCUAUCAUGGGAAGCGGCAACGGCAAUGUUGGCAUCAUCAGAACCAUGGUAGCCGAAAUGGUGCCGGAAAGAGUUCUUCAGCCCAAAGCCUUCUCGCUCAUGCCCCUUGUGUGGUCAAUAGGCUCUGUCUUUGGGCCUGCCUUUGGUGGCUUCUUUGCUCAACCUGCCAAGCAGUUUCCCGACGUUUUUGGAAACAUUGAGUUCUUCAAGACUUACCCCUUUGCUUUGCCAAAUAUCAUGGCAUGCUGUGUGUUUUUCAUUUCUUUCAUGACCGGGUUGUUGUUCCUCAAGGAAACACUCGAAAGCAAACGCAACAAACGCGACUGGGGCCUCGAGCUCGGCGAGAAACUAACUCGUCCCUUCCACCGCUCCAAGCGUACCAAGAAUCUCAGGAGGCGCUCCUUUGUUGACAGCGAGGCAUCUGCCCCUCUGCUUGCCCAGUCCGCCAUGUCAAGCAGCUCUUCGCACUUGGAAUCCAAGCACUCCGAUCCAGUAUCGAUGAAGGACAUUUUCGCCCCUCAGACGUCGAUAAACCUCAUCUGCUACACCUUCUUGGCUCUUCACUCAGUAGCGUACGACCAAGUCCUGCCUGUGUUCCUCAACUACCCCCGUGUGAUCCCUGACGAGCACAACACCUCCCUCCCGUUCAAGUUCACCGGUGGCUUCGGCCUCAGCUCGGACAAAAUCGGCACAAUCUACACGGUCUAUGGCAUCUCCUGUGGAGUGAUUCAGUUUUUCCUGUUUCCCAAGCUGUGUGCCAAGUUUGGUGUGCUGGGAAUCUACCGCUUUGCCACCGUCGUAUUCCCUAUAAUAUACUUCUUGACGCCCUACACAGUUCUCGUCCAGGAUACCACCGCUCGGUACAUCUUCUUCUUGACCAUCAUGCUGGUCAAAGGAUUUGUCGUUAUUGUCGCCUUCCCUUGCACCACCAUCCUCCUGACCAACUCUGCUACCUCCCUCCGGAUCCUUGGGACCUUGAACGGAGUAGCGACGACCUUUUCCGGACUAGGGAGAGCUGCGGGGCCCGCCGCUGCCGGUGCGGUCUUCAGCUGGGGCGUGCAGAGAGGAUACAUGAUUGCAGCGUGGUGGUUCCUGGGGUUAAUCGCCUUGAUGGGGACGAUCCCGCCUUGGUUUAUUAUCGAAGGUGAUGGCCCUACCGCUUCCUCGACAGCCACAUCAACUUCCACCUCUGACGGGGAAGAAGAGAGCCUGCUCCAGCGUGACGACGACGACGAUAGCAGCGUUGACGGGUACGACGAAGUAGCUGUUUUAGAAGCAUUGGAGGGCGAGGAGUCAGAAUCGGAGACUGAGCCCGGGAAGGAAAGGAAAAAGAGGACAACGAACGGGAGUUAUGGAACAAUGAAUAAUGGGACAGCGAGUUGA